AUGGAUUAAGCCUCAUUGAUCGAUGAAUCGGAAUAGUCUUUUGAAUAAUCCAGAAGGGUAGAACCAACAGUAUCAGAUAAAAUGAAAAGGACUGAAUCUGCAACACUCAAAUAAAAAAUAAUUAAUUUCAUUCGAGAUGUGUAACAAAGCAAACUACCACUUGAUUCCAUGCCAAGCAUAGUACAAUAAAAAAUAAGCGACUUCGAAGAUGAAUUUUAAGAUCUGUGGAAGGAAUCUGAUGAAUAUCUAAGAGAAAAUGGAGAAGCCAUUGAAAAACUUGUCAUGAAACCACUAUGUUCAAAAUUGAUUUCAAUUGAUCCAGUCAAAGAUAGAGAAAUUGAAUUUUCUAUGAAAGCAUAUUCAUUUGUUUAAGCUAAACAUCUUGAAAUUGAUGAAAACAUAGAAAAACAUAAAAUGUUUAACUAAGUAGUUGAUUUGAUAUCUAAAAUUGAUAAGGUAGAAACACCAAAAGAAAAACUAAACUGUAUUGUGAAUGCAGGUAAAUAAACUAGUGCUAUUGUCAAUUAAAUGGCUAAUAAUUAGCCAACAGGUGCUGAUAAUCUAUUACCUGUGUUAAUAUACGCCACUUUGAAGGCAUAACCAUCAAAAGCCUAUUCAAAUAUCUUAUUUGUGAGCUAUUAUAGAUCACCUAAAAGAAUCACUGGAGAGGAUGAGUACUAUUUUACUACUUAUGAAUCGACUCUGCAAUUUAUUGAAAAAUUAGACUACCAAAAAUUAAAUAUCAAUCAUCAAGAAUUUCAAGAUCUAAGCAAAGAACGUUUAGAUGUGAUUAAAAACUCUUAAAAUGAAUUAUCAUAAAAUGGAAUUUUUAAUAUGGAUGCACACUAAAAUUAUGUGAAUCUGUAAAUGAUUAAAAUGAAAAUAUAAGAUCUUCAACGUAAAUCAAAGUUCUACGAACAAUCAAAGAAAUAUAAAUUAAAAUUCAAUCAAAAAUAGUUAAAUAAUAUCACUUUGAACGAAAUACCAGAGUUUUAUGAUGAAUAUUAAAAUCUAUAUAAGAAUUUAUUAGAAAUGCAAAAGGAUAUUCACAACCUAUACAAUUUGACCAAUGAAAUUAUAAAGGAAAGUUAAAGUGAAACCAAGAAGGUGGCUACUCGAAAGUUCUUUGGAAUUAUAUGA